CUGACUUGGCCGUUUUAUAUUGUAUAGCAACCCGCAUUGCUCAACUGCUUUCCUGUUAGUGAGCUAGCCAGCUAAUCGCGGGGAGAUUCCACUCGCUGGCAAUAAUCUCAUGAAUAUAUUCCCAACCUGUCGUGCUAAAUAACGCGCGAUUACUCGCACUGUCACGAUCUCGUGAGUUGUUCACACGGGAAGCUGGUUUUAAUGCUGAACCCGCUCGCGGUUUAUUUAUCAGGCUCCGCGCUUCCGUCUACAUCUCUACGUCACUCACUUCCAAUUAAGAUUGAUGUUUUUCCAUGAGCAUCCUGCGGAGAGGACUUUGAUUUGCUUGUAUCUUUUGUCCUAGCAAAUCAAUGGAGAAGCUUCAAGACCUCAGCCAAUCCGAGUUGCAGGAUUUGCUGGACAACUCGGAGCGAGUGGAGUCUAUGGCACUGGAAUCUGAUGAGAUACAAAAUAUUCAGCUGGAAAGGGAGAUGGCACUGGCUGCCAACCGCAGUCUGGCAGAGCAAAACCUUGACAUGAGGCCCCGUCUUGAGAAAGAGAGAGCACUGCUGGUGGAGAAAUACACCAAACUGGAGCAAGUGAGGGAGAAAUACAAACAGCACUGUGCCCUGAGAGACAGUAUAAUGGGGCAGGUGUCCCCAGAGGGGCUGUUGUCUCGUCUGCAGAUAGAGGGCGCCAACACAGAGGAAGAAUCAGAGGCUCUAGCAGAUGAGUUUCUUGAAGGUUCAAUAUUGCUGGACUCCUUCCUUGAACGCUUCCUUUCCCUCCGCUCCCUUGCUCACACUAGACGAGUGCGCAUCGAAAAGCUGCAGGAAAAUCUUUGCCAAAAAAGCAAAGGGAUAGGAGACUCUAAAAUGACAUCACAACCCUGUGCCAAUCAGGAUGCUGGAUCGUCAUCGCCGUGGCAACAGCCACAGCCCCAGCAGCAACAGAGCUCCAAAAUCAAUGCACCCUCCAAUUCCUCCAGCUCUGCUCUCCCCUACUCCCCCUACUCUGUUACUCCCGCCAACCAACCACCAUCUGCCUCUACAACAGGCCCCACCAACCCUAGCACAGCGUUUCAUCCCUACGCCAGCCAGGGUACCCCAUUUCAUCAGUCAACGGGCUACUCUGCUCCCAGACCAGCAUUUGGCCCCCCAGCUUGCCCAUACCCCACCCAAUCCAACCCAUUUCCCGGGCCACCAUUUGGGCAGUUUGGUCCCACGCCUGCUCCGUACCCAACUCCACAUCCGUAUGGAGGGUAUGGCUACCCCACAGGCCCCAGUGGGCCAUCAAACCAGUCACCAACAGGUAGACCGCUUUAUAGGCCUGGAUUCGGGGUACCACAACCAUAUUCCUGAGCCACUCUGUGUGUGUGUCUCUGUCUUUCUCUUCUCAUUCUCCCUGUCAUUUCACUCUGAUUUGUGGUUAGUGUACCCAUGUCACAUCAUGUUCCUGUCUGAGGCUUAUAAAGAACACUUGAGAUUGGGUGAAGGUAUGCUUGUUCUCCCAUGAAACCUCAAUGAAAGACUUAGUCAGAGACUCAAUAUGGGCUUCACUUCCUUGGCAUCGAUGGCUCUGUUCCUGUCCAUUUUAAAGCAUGUUUUCAAAUCAGUUUGCAAAAAUUUCAGCGUCACUGGUAUAUGAUUAUGUUUGAUGAUGAGAUGCUUUUCUUUGUUCUUUUAUUAAAUUGUUUUGUGGCUCAGCCUUGUUUGGCUGUGAUUCCAAUUAUUUUGAUGAUUCAACUUCUACUGAGAAAAACAUGUUACACUACAUGGAGGAUUUCCUAAUUUCUUGAGUAUAAAACCCAUUGUUAACAUAAAUCCAGCAUAAAUCAAGCACAGCACCAUCUUUCCAUUUUAGAACAGAUGCAAACUCCUUGCAUAAAGCAAGCUCUUUAAAUAAAAAUAUAUAAAAAUAAAUAAAUAAAUUAAAUUGAAGACAAAUGGACCCACUUUACAUUAGGUGUCUUUAACUACUAUGUACUUUUUAAUACAAUGUACUUAUUAUUUACAUACGUUUUGUUGCAUUGUACUACCCUUUAACUAGCUGUACCUCAACCUCUGUAGCAGCAAAUUAUUAUAAUUUUUUUUUUUUUUUUGAGAACAACAUGUAGUUACACAAUAUAUUGUAUUGUAUGUAUUUUAAAUUAAGUACAUAGUUAAAGACACCUUAUACAAAGUGGGACCAGACAACUUCCCUGUGUGCAGAUUUGAAAUACAAAUCACAGUGUUGUAACAUGUUACUGGGUGCAAUAAGUCCUGUUAUGAACGCAUAGUAUACCAAUGCACCAAUCGAUCACUCCCAACCUCCCAAUACCUCUUAUGCUUCCCUCUUUUUAUUUCUUUGCACACUUGCACUCCAUUUACUUUUAAUACCGCUUGAUAAUGAUCAGAAGUACUAGAUUAUUACGUAUGUUCGUUCUCUAGUGGAGACGAUGUAAUUUGUAUUAACAUAUACUAAUAUUAUAGGGAAGUCACAGGACAAGGGAUAUAAAUAUAGACAUAUCUUUAUAUGAUAAAGCACAGGAUUUGGUGGGGCAGGUGAGGCAUAACAUAGCACAGAGCAUAUGCAAGACAAUAGACGCUACGUAACAUGAUUUUGUUAGUAACUAUAGCUUUCAGAACCUACCAUUAAGGUAAAACUAUGCAGACAAAUGCUUGGACAUUGGCUGCAUAUUUUACACUUUUGAAUUUAGACCCAACAAGGCAUUUGAUGAUCUUGUACAACCAGCCAGAGUCUUGGAAAUGUCAAUUUCAAAGAGACGCCUUA